AACACCCAGCAGUGUGUUUCAUCAAGUCAGUCCUUGGGGUGCAGAACGUCAGUAGGCGCGCAGGGCUGUCAUCUGCAGCCAACCUGUGUGGAGGAAAAAGGCCUUACUACUACUCCCACCAUCACUUUUUAUGCCGCCGCGAUCCCUUCAAUCUCCCGUUGCCCUCUUUUGGUGACGCCCUUCUCCCUCAGGAACCGCCCCGACAGGUCGUUGAGACCCACAUUAUCCUCCUUUGUUUCUGGUCUCCAGACGCCAUCGAUUCCUUUCUUUUUUAUCUUGCAGCCGCGGUUCACCCGGGCCUCUGUUUCCUUGAUUACCGUCAUUGCUACGCCUGUUUCCCCCUCCCCCCCCCCCCAUCUAUCCCCUCCUUCGAUGCUUGUGCCAUAGAGGCAUGGAAUAGGACAUCUCUCUGUUUUCUAUCAUGUCAACCACUGGACCUUGUCUCUGGAUUCCACCCUUUUCAUCACCUCCCCAUCUUCCUGGAGUGCCAGACUACGUCUCAACGACGACGGCAACCUGGGAUAGCGAGCAGAUUUCACCCAAGUCCAAGAUAUUCCCGCUGAGGCUACCCUUGUACUCGCGGGAGAAGGAAGGAGGGUCUGCCAAGCAGCUCAUGGACGUGAUGCAAGAGCCAGUCAAGGCCGAGAGCAACUUCGCUCAUAUCACGGAUCCAACGUCUAACCACACACGGUAUGUGGGAAAUGAUCGAUUGCCAACGUCGACAGACAAUUCAAGGCUGGGAAGAAAUGAGCAGCAUGUUCCUCUAUCAACGGUGAACGAGCUGCCAAGCUUGACCUGUGAGGAAACUGCCUUUUCCAUUGGCGACGAUGCCGGUCAUUCAAGCUCGCCAAGGGACCUCACACCAGACUCGGUCAAGGAGGAAAAGGAAGAGAUGCAAAUCGAUGAUCAAGCAAUGCAUCAGGAGGGCGACGAGGGAGCAGAGUUUAUCGGUGGCGAUCAACAAGAAUCAUCCACCGAUGUCAAACCAGACAAACGAAAGAUGAAGCGAUUUCGCUUGACACAUAACCAAACUCGCUUCUUGAUGAGUGAAUUCACUCGCCAGGCGCAUCCAGAUGCGGCACAGCGGGAGAGGCUGUCAAAAGAGAUUCCAGGACUGACCCCACGUCAGGUUCAAGUAUGGUUCCAGAACAGACGAGCGAAACUCAAACGCCUAACAAGCAACGAUCGAGAACGGAUGCUGAAGUCACGAGCCCUACCGGACGAUUUCGACACGACCAAGGUGCUCCGAACUCCCUUUGACCAUAAAUCAGGGGCCGACGGAUCUGUCUCUUCGCCUGGAAACCCUAUGCCUGCCAGUCACGACACAGGGCUGAAGAUGCUACUCACAGAUGGUCUGCAAGGCCCUCACGAGGAUGACUACAUGAUCUCACCUCUCAGCGCCGCCUCCGCUGGCGGGAAUUACUUCCCCUCUGGUACACCUGACGGGCUAUCGAGGGCUCCUCGCAGCACUUUCCCUUUUCCCAGAUCCAGCAGUUUUUCGGAUGCAGCAACUCAGCCCCCGUCGUUCAUGCACGGAUUACAAUUAAACAGGUUCUCGCGAACGAUGACAACCCCGAUGGCUCCCUCACAAAUGCCAUACGCAUCGAACGUCAUGAACUAUCGUCUCAAUCAACAGCCCAGUAGCAUGAUAGUCGGCUAUGAAAACCAACAGGCAGUUGAAGGUUCCGUCUCCCCCACAGUUCCAGAAGGCGGGUACGGGAUGGAGAACCAGAAUCAUCCAGUCCCCAGCUACCAAACGCAACUUGGGAUGCCGGCUACCAACAUGAGUUCGCACAUCCCCCAUAGCCGACACAUGACGAUGCCUUCUGCGCCUGUGACCACAUCCCAGGAUUACCGCACCUUCACAUACGAUACCUCCUACGCCACAAACACAAACCUCCCCUAUGCCCACGCGAACGCCUCAAGCAUGAGUCUUCCAGCAUCUUUCCCGACCACCGAUGCUGGGAGUGCACCCUCAAGCGGCGUCUUCGGCGCUCCUGACAACCGGAUCGGGGCCCAACACACAGUGGAGUCGCUACGAAACAAGUUCUCCUACGAAUAUACAAGUUAUAUUUAGGAAGUGCGGCAGGCUGGUGGCUGCUAGAAUUCUUUCUCGACUCAUCUCUAAUCCUAAUAUUUUCUACGUUCCGUUCUACACCAGCCGCGUCCGAUCCCCCUUCGUCUUCACUUUUUGACAUAUACAUAUUUUUCUGAGAUAAUUACGGCACAUCAGUUUCCAACCUAAGGAACGAGCGAAUAUAUUCCACUCGUUAUUAUUAUUUUGGGGGAAGGGGGUUUUUUUUGAUGCCCGCCAAUCUAUAUAUUUUUUUCCCUUCAAUUCUUCUCUGUUAAGUUAUCGCCUACUUCUGUUGUAUUUGCCUUCUG